AUCUCUUAGCACUUUGGACUCUUAUCUUUCCUUCUGGCUACACCACAAGCAACCAAGCUGUCUCUUGUUGGAUGAGUAGUUGGCCUGUUGGAAGCACAGAAACACAAUCCCUAAAACCCCAUCUCUCUCUCUCUCUCUCUCUCUCUUUCUUCUUCCCCAUCUGUUUUUUUUUUUCCCCCUCUCUUUCUCUCUCUGCUUAUGCAUUGAUUUUUUUUUACCUAAAUGAACACCAUUAGAGAUGUCCAGGCCAUGAUGUUAAAGAUUGCUGUGUUUGCUGCUGCUUCUCUCUCUUUCUUAGAAACUGUGAGUUCGGUCCCAUUUAAGCUUUGAUUUUUUUUUUUAUUUGUUUUUGUUUUGUUUGUAUUUUCAAAUCGUCUUCUACAUAUUACUCUUUAUCUCUCUCUUUAUCUCUUUCACAUCCCUUUCUUUCCUCUCUCUUUAUCUUAGCCUCCAAGGAUCGAGUUUAGUUAAGAAACUACAAAAAAUAAUAAUAAUAAAUAAAUAAAUAAAUAAAUAACGGCAUGGGCUUUCUAAGCUUUAGCACCCCCUAAAGGUGUUUGACAAGUAUAGGAUAGGUUAUUUAUUUAGUAAAUAAGCUUGUUUUCGGUAUUCCAAUUAGAUAGAUAGAUAAGGAAAAUUUUAAAAUCCCAAGAAAAGUUCAGAGAGGGGGAGAGAGAGUACUUAAUAACAUAGGUUUUCUAGUACCUUUGUUUUGAGAUUUAACAAAUAAUGGAAUAUAGAGCACAAGAUAAUGAAAUGAGAACACCGGGUGGCUCUUUAAACUAUAUCCACCUAACAACUAAAGAAUCAUCAGGAGGAGAAAGAAGAAGAGUUGGGAUUCAUAAUGGUAGUAGUACUACUCCAGGCCUCACUUGCACUCAAACCCUAGAUUAUCCCCAUCAUGUAGUUCAACCACCACCACCACUGCAUGUACGAGAUCCAGAACCGGAUCGUGUCACCACCGGCGCCGGAGCUGGUGGACCUAAGUUGAAAUCGCCUACCUCCGCCGGUACCAUCAGGUACCGAGAAUGCCUCAAGAACCACGCGGCGAACAUCGGCGGCAAUGUGUUCGAUGGAUGCGGAGAGUUCAUGCCGUCCGGUGAAGAAGGAACAUUGGAAGCCCUGAAAUGCGCCGCUUGCGAUUGCCAUCGGAACUUCCACCGGAAAGAGAUCGACGGCGAAUCUCAGUACAGUCCGGGUUCCAGAAGAAGCUUAAUGCUCACUCCUCUUCAGCUUCCUCCGCCAAUGCCGUCUCCGUCUUCGGCGGGACUCGGCCACCACCAUCAUCAUCAUCAUCAACAUCAGAAAUUCUCUAUCGGUUAUCACGGUAAUCAUCCGAUGGCUUCAAUUGUUCAGCCGAUGAAUGUGGCUUACGGUAGCGCAGGUGGGACCGAGUCUUCCAGCGAGGAUCUGAAUAUGUUCCAUUCCACCGCGGAAGCUCCCGUGGCGCCGCAGCCAUUCGCAUUGUCGAAGAAGAGGUUCAGGACGAAGUUCACUCAGGAACAGAAAGAUCGGAUGUUGGAGUUCGCUGAGAAAAUGGAUUGGAGGAUUCAGAAGCAAAAUGAAGAAGAGGUUGAGAAGUUUUGUGCUGAGGUUGGGGUGAAGAGGCAGGUUCUAAAGGUGUGGAUGCAUAACAACAAGAGCACCAUUAAAAAGCAGCAGCAGCAAGAGAGUUCAAAUCAAUCUUUAGAGAUGAUUGAAGCUGAUCAGCCUGAAGCUGAAGCUGAAGCUGAGCCUGAAGGGGUAGAUAAUUAGAUAUAAUACUCACUCCCUUUGAAUGCCUACGUAGUUGAGUUGAAGGAGAUCAAAAUAUAUAAUAUAUAUUCUGUAUGAUUCUUCUGUUGAAAAAAAAAAAAAAAAAAAAAGAAACUUGUUAUUAUUAAUUAUCUUUCAGAAUUGUUUUUAUUUUUUUCCCUUAAUUAUUAGUUAUUUAUCCAUUGGAUUAUGUUGGGAUAGAGUCUCUCUCCCAUUUGGAUA